AGACCACCCCGCAGCAGUGCAGCCUCCAGGUUCCGGUGAUCCCGCCGCGAGCCAGUGCCCGAACCGCCUUCUCUGGGUACUCGCGGGAUUGCUGCCCCUCUGGGAGCUCCCCCGGCUCCCUUCACCUGGAGAGGCGUCAGGCCUGCGUUCAGCGGAGACCCCGCUCACCCGGCUCAGCACUCGCUACCCGUCGUCGUGCGGCUGCCCACCAUGUCCACCAAGCCCACCAAAUCCAACGUCGGCUUACUGCGCGAGAUUUCUCAGCAGAUCUUGGCCGGUGGUUCUGCUGGUCUUGUAGAAAUUUGCCUGAUGCACCCCCUCGAUGUAGUGAAAACCAGGUUUCAGCUUCAGAGAUUUGCAACUGAUCCAAAUAGUUACAAAGGUUUAGGAGACAGCUUUCGGACAAUUUACAAAACAGAGGGGUUGUUUGGUUUUUACAAGGGAAUUCUGCCUCCCAUCUUAGCUGAAACACCAAAAAGAUCAGUGAAGUUUCUCGCCUUUGAGCAGUAUAAGAAAAUACUACUAGGAAAUACGUCACUGUCACCAGGACUGACAUUUUCCCUGGCUGGAUUUGGAUCUGGACUAACUGAAGCCAUCGUGGUUAACCCUUUUGAGGUAGUAAAAGUUGGUUUGCAAGCCAACCGGAGCAAAAACACAGAGCACCCAUCCACUUUGAGUUAUGCAAAACAAAUCAUUAAGAAGGAUGGCCUGGGACUCCGGGGCCUCAACAAAGGACUUACAGCAACCUUGGGACGUCAUGGAGCUUUCAACAUGGCUUACUUUGGCUUCUAUCACAAUGUCAAAAUCAUUGUUCCUGUCGAAGAGGAUCCGAUUUUGGAGUUUCUGAGAAGAUUUGGGAUUGGCUUCUUGUCAGGGACCAUCGCCUCCAUCAUUAACAUCCCUUUUGAUGUUGCCAAAAGUAGGAUUCAAGGGCCCCAGCCAGUUCCUGGAGUGAUCAAGUACAGAACCUGUUUUAAAACAAUGGCAACCGUCUAUAAGGAAGAAGGGUUUUUAGCUUUAUACAAAGGCCUACUUCCCAAGAUUAUGAGGCUUGGACCAGGUGGUGCAGUGAUGCUGCUGGUGUACGAAUACACCUUCUCGUGGCUGCAGAAAAAUUGGUGAUGGCGUAGAAAGUGUUUUCCCCUUGAGAAAUGGGGACUUGCUCCGAGGUCCCAUGAAGAGCAGAGACUACCAGUCAGCUAAGCUAGGCAUACAACUAUGAAGGGGAAAACAGCUAGGUCAGAAUGAAAGCCUGUUCUGACACGCUAGAUGGUCGUUUGGGCCAUCAUACACAUAAAACUGUGAACAGAAAAUUAAUAUGGAGCAAUAAGGAAUGAAAGUUGAAUAUUCUAAAUAGGGUAGAAAUCAGAUUUAUUUCACAAAAGAUAGAGAGGCUUAGUCAUAUAUGUUCUUAUACUGAUUCACAGUGAAAAUUCAUUGAAAUGAUAUUUUUUCUCUAAAAGGUCUAGAAAUGCUGAAAUUCUUUAAAAUAUUCUGUGGUUAGUUCCUUUAAGAAUUCUUCCAAGAAAGACUGGGUACAAAUAAAAAGAGAUAAAUCAAAAUUUCAACAGUUUUUAUAAUUAAUUUUUCCAUAAAUAAUAUUUAAAGAGCUAAAGGAAAAUGUUUUAAAAUCCACUAAAACCACCUUUUAAGAACAGUUGAUUUUAUGAGCGCUGUGUUAACAUGUAAGUCUCUUGGUUUUCUUGAGCGAUAAUAUAUAUCUCAGCUAUAUUUUCCUAAAUCUACUUCAUAUUUCACGUGGUUCCUAAAGCAGAUAUUUUUAAAUCAUGCUAUUUGAAGUCAUUUGUUACAAAUAAAAUACAAUAUAUUAAACUACUUUCCUUUACAUAGCUCACUUUGAAGACAAGUUUUGUUACUGCAGUAUUUGCAUACUAAGCCAUAAAUUGGAAGCAGCCUUCGGGCUCAUUCAUGCUGUCUAUUUGUAUCCCAAACCCUAUGUACAGAGCACUUUCCUGGGACAUUCUUAAGAAGAAUGUGCAAGGUAGAAAUGCAUUUCAAGUGACAACUUCAGGUGGGAAGUCUUUUGUCUACAGUAUUAAAACACAUAGGAUUAAAAAAAAUGUUUCAAAAUAGAAGCAUGUGCUUAGCAUUUCCAAGGACUCCUAGGAUAACAUGAACUCUAAAAAGUAGCUAUUUGGUCCUGAUAUAACCAAAGUCAAUUUUUUUUUAAUAUUUGCAUCCUGAAAUGAUGCUGCUUCAGUAGCUGAAGUCAACAAAAGUAUCUGCAUGUUCUAGGUGACACCCCUGCUCUUAACUAGCACUGUGGGG